UUUUUUAAAUUUUUUCUGCCCUUUCUCCCUUUUCCAAAAACCAAAAAUUUAUUUAAAAUAUUUUUCUUUUCAAAAUUAAUUUCUUCUAAUUUUUAUUUAUUUAUUUUUAGCGAUUUAAUGAAUGAGCAUCGAAAAUUUUCCAAAAGAUUUCAUGCAAUCGAUUUAGAUCCUUAUGGUUCUCCCUCAAUUUUUCUAGAUUCUGCUGUUCAAUCAGUUAUUGAUGGAGGUAUUUUAAUGGUUACUUCAACAGACACAGCUGUUUUGUGUGGAAAUACUCCCGAAGCUUGUUUUAAUAAAUAUGGUUCUAUUCCAAUUAAACAUAAAGCUUGCCAUGAAAUUGCUUUAAGAAUACUUCUUCGUUCAAUAGAUUCCCAUGCAAAUCGUUAUGGUCGUUAUAUUGUUCCAAUUUUAUCAGUUAGCAUUGAUUUUUAUGUUAGAUGUUUUGUGAGGGUAGAAUCUGGUGCUUCUAUAGCUAAAGACAGUGUGACAAAAUUGGCAAAUAUUUUUUCUUGUUCAAAUUGUCAAUGUUGGUCAUUCCAACCUUUAAUUAAAAAAACUACAAAUAAUUCAAAUUCUCGUUUUUGUCCAAUUCAUUUAAAAUUUAAUUCUUUAAUUAAUUUAAAAGAAGAAAAUAAAAUAAAAGAGCCAAUUUGUUCUUUUUGUGGAUGUAAAGCUAUACAUUUUGGAGGGCCCAUUUAUAUUGCACCAAUACAUGAUAAAAUUUUUGUUAAAAAAAUGUUGGAAAGACUUGUUGGGGUUUUAACUCUUGUUUUGGAAGAAUUAAAUGAUCAACCAUUAUUUUAUGAAUUUGAACAAUUAAUGAGAAUAAUUAAAUGCUCUUCUACACCAAAAAAUACUUUUGUCCGUUCAGCAUUAUUAAAUGCUGGAUUUAAAUGUUCUGGUUCUCAUUGUGGCCCUCAAGCAUUAAAAACAGAUGCCCCAACAGAAUUUUUGUGGGAUAUUUGUAGAGAAUGGGUAAUUUUAAAUAAAUUUAUUUUUAAAUUAUUUUUAGGCUAA